AUGACGUUCAAAAGUCGUGCUGUGGUACUUGUCUGCUUAUUCCUUACAAUCUUCUAUUUUUCAUCAUUAUUCUCGCAUACUGACGCACAGAAUCCACCGUCAAAUUACUACUAUGUGAAUCCGAGACAGUAUGAAAAAGUUGACGGUGUUGACCGAUAUUCAGCAUUUAUAUUUAUUGGUGGCGUUCCACGUUCAGGGACAACACUUAUGCGAGCAAUGUUGGAUGCACAUCCAAGUAUCAGAUGUGGAGAAGAAACUCGUGUCAUCCCUCGAAUAUUAGGUCUUCGAUCACAGUGGAAAAGAAGUGAAAAAGAAUGGAGACGUUUGAAUGAAGCCGGCGUAACUAGUAAAGUUUUAGACGCUGCAAUUUCUUCAUUUAUAAUACAGAUUAUUGCUGGCCAUGGUGCGCCGGCAGAUCGUCUUUGUAAUAAAGACCCGUUUACGCUUAAAUCGACAGAAUAUUUGGCUAGUCUGUUUCCAAAUAGCAAAUUUAUAUUAAUGAUUCGUGAUGGACGUGCUACAGUCCAUUCAAUUAUUUCAAGAAGGGUGACGAUCACUGGAUUUGAUUUGACAAGUCAUCGACAAUGUUUAGAAAAAUGGAAUACAGCGAUUGCAACGAUGUAUCAGCAGUGUCAAUCAGUGGGCGCUUAUCGCUGUAUGAUAGUAUAUUAUGAACAAUUGGUUUUACACCCAGAAGAACAGAUGAGAAGAGUUUUGAAAUUUUUGAAUGUUCCUUGGAAUGAAUCUGUUCUGCAUCAUGAAACGUUGAUUGGCAAAGAUAUAUCUUUAUCAAAGGUGGAAAGAUCUAGUGAUCAAGUGGUAAAACCAGUAAACUUAGACGCAUUAAGCAAAUGGGUUGGACAUUUUCCUGAGGACGUUCUGAUUGAUAUGCCUCAUAUAGCUCCAAUGUUGGCUGAGUUAGGCUACGAUCCACUGGCUAAUCCACCAAACUACGGUAAGCCAGACAGUAUUGUGUUGAAGAACACAAAUGAUUUGCACCAGAACUAUGAUCAUUGGUACCGAAAAGCAGUUGCUGUUGUCGGAGAUCCAUCUCGAGUAGAUAGAGUUCCAGGUCCAUAG